AUGCAUCUUGCCGACCACCUACUCCUCCUCCUGGCUGGGCUCCUGGGCCUUUCUCACAGUCGGCUGCACCCUGAGCAUGCCGGCCAGGGUCACACCGACAGCCCCCAUCAGGAGGCUCCGGGCACUGGUGAGGGCUCCUCCAGCCUCAAGACUGCCCCGGGCAAUACCGCCUUUGCCCUCUGCCUCUUCCGCCUGAUGGCUUCGCAAACCCUCUGGAACAACAUCUUCUCCCUGCUAAGCAUCUCUGCCGCCUAUGCCAGGCUGUCCCUGGGGGCUCUCUCACACAGCCGGAUCCAGAUCCUCAAGGGUCUAGGCUUCAACCUCAAGGAGAUGUGCAAGGCCGACACCCACCGGGGCUUCCACACCCCCUUGCACACUCUCAACCCCCCUGGAGACAGUCUGGAGACACGCAUGGGUAGCACCCUAUUCCUGAGCCAGGAGCUGGCACUCCUUCAGAGGUACCUUAACAACACCGAGGCCUUCUAUGGUUCCAGACUCUUCUGCACUAAAUUCCACGACUCUGCGGGCACAACCCAGCUUAUCAAGGACCAUGUCAACGAGGAAACUGGAGGGAAGAUUGUGGAUUUGGUCAGCGCACUCAGCACAGAUAUCACGAUGGUGCCGGUGAAUUACGUUUACCUUUGGGCUCUGUGGGAGAAGCCAUUCACUCUCUAAACAACCUCUCCCCAAGACUUCUAUGUUGCUGAGGACACAGCAGUCAAGGUGCCUAUGAUACUGCAGAAUACGCAGCACCACUGGCGUCUUCACGACAGACACUUGCCCUGCUCAGUGCUGCGGAUGGGUUACAAAGGAAACACAACAGACCUUUUCAUCCUUCCUAACCGAGGGGAAAUGAAACAAAUGGAAGAGGGUUUGACUCCAGAGAUGCUAACAAGGUGGAACAACUUGCUCCAGAAGAGAUAAUACAUGUGCCACGUGUUUUUACGGGGAGCUCAAGCUGUAUUCCCCAAGUUCUCCAUUUCCGGCUCCAAAUUAGGUCAGAUUUUGCCCGAGCUGGGCUUCACGGACCUGUUCUCGCAGCGGGCUGCCUUGUCUGGUGUCACCAAACAGCAACGCUUGUGAUUUCCCUCCCCGAGUUUCCACAAGGCCGUCCUCGAGGUGGGUGAGGUUAGCACUCGGGCUGCAGUGGCCACCAGCAGAUUUGGCAUCUUUUUGUCCGCCCUGCACAAUCACCAAGUCCUUUGGUUCAACCGGCCCUUCCUGGCAGUGACAUUUUCCAGCAACACUCAGAGCAUCCUCUUUCUGGGCAAGGUGAUCAACCCCAGGAAACCAUAG